AUGGUGAGUUGCCAAAAUAGAAUUGAGCGUCACAAUUCUGAUCAAGUGUCACAGUCCACUGUCAUCAGAAUACAGAACUUCUUACUUUGGCGCAAUGGACAAGAACUUAACAGUGCUCAAGAUCGUGGUGCCACGGUCCUGGGGCUUGAGAACUCGAAGAUUGAGCUAAUUCCAAGACAUAAAUUUGAAAAAGGUAAAGGGAUUCUUGAUGCAGAGUGCGCUGUUUGCUUGAGCGAGUUUGCAGAGGAUGAAGAAAUACGAACUUUGCCAGAAUGUUUGCAUUCUUUUCAUGUAGAGUGCAUUGACAUGUGGCUUCAUUCACAUCCUAAUUGUCCAACAUGUCGGGCCAAUGCUUCACCACCAUCCUCCUCCUUGCUAUUACAUCCUUGCCCAAAGUGA